CUAUCGCAAUGAACCGUCCCGAGCUGGACUACUACGCUGUCCUGGACAUGCCGCGCAAUGCCAGCAAGGAGCAAAUUACGUUGGCCUACCGCCGCAUGGCAGUUCGUUUGUGCCCGCAUCGGGACAAGAAAUACGAGAUGGACUUUGUGCCGCUGGCGCAGGAGGGCAAACUGACGCACCUGUCGCCCAUGAGCGAGACCAAACAAUGGGCCUAUAUCAAUAUGGCAUUCGAUGUGCUGGGCCACGAUCUAUACCGUGCCAUCUAUGAUCGCUAUGGUGAAGCGGGCCUUUUUGAGGGCGUGAUGCUGCCCAAUGGCUAUUUUCCGCCCUAUCAAUAUCAUGGCGAUCACAUGAAGGUUUACGAGCAGGUCUUCGCCAGCUACUCGCCGUUUGCCAAUGUCAUAGACGCCAUUACCAAUCCGCCCAGUUUGUAUGCCACCAGGGAGCACGGCAUUGGCGUGCGCCACAAGGAUGCCAAUACGGAGCGCAUUAUACAUUUGUCCUUGGAGGAGGUGCGCACCGGCUGUGUAAAGCUGAUGCAUGUUUGGCGCCAAGAGAUUGUCGAUAAAAAGGAAUCACGUCUGGAGAAGCGCAAGCACACACUCAAGCUAAUCAUACGGCCGGGAACCACGGCCGGCACGCGCUACUGCUUUAAGGAGGAGGGUGAUAGUUAUCCCACGACCAUACCCGGCGAUAUUAUAUUCAUUGUCGCCGAUAAGCCGCAUCCCACAUUUGAGCGGCGCAAUAUGCACGACCUGGUCUAUCGCUAUGACAUCAAUCUGGCCCAGGCUUAUACUGGUUUCGUGUUUUUCGUUGAUACCCUGGACAAGCGUAACCUGAAGAUUGUCAUUUCGGAUGUAGUUACUCCGGGCUACCAGAAGAUCGUGCCACUCGAGGGAUUGCCCAAGUGCCGUAAUUUGGAUGCGGUGAUGGCAAUUAAGCAAGCCAAUAAGCGAAUUGAAGAGUUUGGCGAUCUUAUAAUUGAGUUUAAUUACAUAUUUCCAAAAUAUCUGACACCAGAGAUGAAGACAUUGACCCGUGAUUUCUACAAGGAGUUCCGUAGGAUGGAACAGCAACUGGAAGAUGAGGAGAAGCUGCAUAUGAAGUGAAUAAUUGUAUUUGAUUUUAUUUAAAUUGUGCAAAUACAAAUUAACUGUGA